GGUUUGCAGAGGUCAGGGAACACGGCCUUGGGGCGAGCGCUUCUCCUGAAUGUCUCCCCCUCCUGCCAGGCCCUGCCGAGAUGGUGAAGCUGUUCAUUGGGAACCUGCCGCGGGAGGCGACGGAGCAGGAGAUCCGGUCGCUGUUCGAGCAGUACGGGAAGGUGCUGGAAUGCGACAUCAUCAAGAACUACGGCUUCGUGCACAUCGAGGACAAGACGGCGGCCGAGGACGCCAUCCGCAACCUGCACCACCACAAGCUGCAUGGCGUCUGCAUCAACGUGGAGGCCAGCAAGAACAAGAGCAAGGCCUCCACCAAGCUGCACGUGGGCAACAUCAGCGCCACCUGCACCAACCUGGAGCUGCGGGCCAAGUUCGAGGAGUACGGCCCCGUCAUCGAGUGCGAC